AUAUACUUUACUGGUUAGGCUUCGUGUGGUACUGGCUAAACAAAGUUGGCUAAAAUUCUACGCUGAGAAAUUCUGCGCCUGUUGCGCCUACUAAAUGCCCUCAACGAAAGAUCAAAUAUCCGAUUUCACUACGAUUAUGCUGCUUCAGCGGUGACAAUGAUCAACGUGGAUCACUCUAUCCAAUCGACAACACGAGCUGCUGUUUGGGGAAUGUGAUCCUUCGAAACAGCGAUGGACAUCCUGAUCGAGCCGGAUUGCUACAAAGUGUGUCGCAUCUGUAUGGAGAGCUGCGAGGAUGAUUUCGUGUGUGUUUACGACGAAUUUGAGGAUAUGAUUCUGAGCGACGUGAUCACGGAAUGUGCCCGAAUCGAAAUCCGUAAGCACGAUGCUCUUCCACGCAAUGCAUGCCGGAACUGCGCGGAGUACAUGAUCAUCGCAUAUCACAUCAUUCAAAAGUGCCGUGAAUCGGAUGGGACGCUGCGAUCGAUCUUUCAUCACGAGCUAAACGUGCGUGAAGGCGAACGGAACAAUGAAUUAGCCCGGGAGGGUGCCCGCAUGCGGGUAACCGAAGACAUGGACCCAUCGGAUUAUGAAUUCCUGUUGGGGCUUGGGCUGGACGGUGAGCAAUUGCUCGAGGAACCUAGCUUCACUUCUCCGGUGGAUGCAGGAAUGGCUGGCGCUCCUGUAUAUGGCCAACCAGCGUCUUCACUUUCCACUGUAAGCCAGCAACACCCGCAGCAGCAGCAAAAGCAACGGGAGGAAGAAGAAAUGCAAUCUAACUCUUUACCAGCAACGGCGUAUGCAGAAAAAACGACCAGCAACAACCAUCCUUGCCAAGUUGGCGAAGAAACUACGACUGUGAGGACCGCGGAAAUCGCCCAUGAAUCAAGCGAAACAAAUGAAGAAGAUUCUUCCGUACCGCAGGGUGAGCAAAAGAAAUGCUGCGGUUGUCGGAAGCUUUUCUAUGAUGAGCGCAGUUUACUGGACCAUUGUCGAGAUGUGCAUCUACCUUCGCAGGAAUGCCAACAGGAGGGUAGUUCCGACGAUGGUAAACGAUGGCGCUGUACGGUAUGCUAUAGGGGUUUCAGUAGUUUACAGCUGCUCAAGGAACACCAGCGUACGGUGAACCGGAAGUACGUCUGUGCGCGCUGCGGAAAGCGAUUUAUGACCCAGGCAAACCUAGAUACUCACAGCAAAUGCCACAAGGACAGGGAAACGUACAAAUGUUGCGGAUGUCGGGGUGAAUUCGAAACGGAGCUGGAGCUGCUACUCCACUCCGAACAGGUGCAUCGACCGGAACGGAAGGAAGAUUCCGACAAGCCGUUCGAAUGCGAAACAUGCUUCCGCCGUUACUCCAAGCGUAAGUCGCUGGUGAAACAUCGGCGCAUGGCGCGCCAAUUUCAGUGCCAAACAUGUGGCGCAAUCUUUAUGAAGCAACUAUUCCUGACGCUCCACACCGAGAGUGUCCAUCGUCGGGGAUUGGAACAGGAGCAACAGCAAUCGCACCACGAACAGCUACAGCAGGAUCAAGCACACCUGCAGAAGUACCGAUGUUGCGGUGGCUGUCGUGAUGAGUUUGCGGAUAUGGCCGCUCUACGGGAGCAUUCCGAACGGGUGCACGGCAAAGACGAUGAUCGAACGCGUGCGCAGGGUGUCGAUCGACCGUUUCAGUGUUCGAUCUGUCGCAAGCGGUUUGCCACUGCAAUCUAUCUGUUGCAACAUCGCAGCAGAGAAUUCCGCGAGAAAUGCUUUCCAUGUAGUAUCUGUGGUCGAUCGUUCAAUCGGGCGCAUGAUCUAUCCAACCAUCAAACGACGCACUCGAGCGAGAUGCCAUUCGAGUGUAAUGUGUGUGGGCGACGAUUUAAGAAUAAAAUCUAUCUCAAGAAUCACUGCAAGCUGCAUGCCAGCAGUGCGAAGGAGCACGUGUGCCGUCAGUGCGGCAAGUGCUUCCGGACCAAGGAGCUGUUAAAAACGCACCAUAUCUCUCAUUCGCAGGAGCGCAAACACGAGUGCACGGUAUGCGGGGCCGCUUUCAAACGGCUCCAGUGCCUAAAGAUACACACCCGGGUGCACACCCGAGAGAAAGCAUACGAGUGCACAGUCUGCCGUAAGCGGUAUGUGCAAGCUUCCGACCUCAAACGGCAUAUGCUGACCCAUAAUCCGGAUGUCGAAGGAAAACCGUUCCAGUGUGAACAUUGUUUACGGCGUUACCCGCGCAAGGACUACCUGAAGAUGCAUGUUCGACGGCAACAUCCGGAACAGCAUACCGCCCAGCCGGAACCUCAGCGGCUUCAGGAUGCCCUAGAAUUGUUCGCGGCAGCUAAUGGAAGGGAAGCGGCGUCAACGAUCGCGGCUAGUGUACCGACGGCAUCUCUAGCCAUGGUGGAUGAUGAUGUAGGGGAUUUUAUGCGUCUGUGCUGAACGCUCUUCAAUUGAGCCAUUUCCGAAGUAUGACCUCGAGCCAUUUAAGAAAUAUAAAUCGAUUUAUUACAUAAAACUAAACCAAAAUAAAA